AUGGUCACCCCCGAAGAAUCGGCUUCCCAGCCCCCCAAAAAAGUCCGCCUGGCCUGUCGUCGAUGUCGCCAGAAACGCGUCAAAUGUGAUGGAGGCAUUCCAGCAUGCGGGAAUUGUGCGCGAGCCAAGGUGCCCUGCGUCGACGUGGACGGUCGCAAUAAUGACAUGUCGCUGCCGCGCGAUUUCAUCGCGAGUUGCUGCGCGCGCAUUAAAUGGCUUCAGGCGCAGAUUCAACUGCUGGAUUCUGAGUUCGACCUGUCCAAGGGUCCGCCGGUUAACAUGGAUCAUCUGGAGAGGUUGUCGUCGCAUUGUAGUGCGACUGUAGUGGAGGAGGCUGCGUCUGUCGCGAAACCCACAGCAGAGGGAACGGUCGAUCUGACUGCGGAGAAUCCAGCGAAACGAUCGCAUGCGUCUAUGGAAGAGUCUGAAGCUGAACGGCCUCUUUCUGUCGAGGCGCGGUCGGUGGCUAUCGAUCUGGGCAUGCUGUCGUUGCAUUCCGACUCGCGACAGAAGCACUAUCUCGGCUCUUCGUCUGGAUUGCUAUUUACCAAUCUCAUCGGGGUGGAUAGUGAGGGUCAGGCGUCGAGUCCUGUCUCGUCCAGCUCGACUAGCACUGCGCAUCCCCGUCGGUUGGCGCCUUUACGGCCUCCUUCGGGGGAGUCAUACCAGUCUCUCUACGCCAGACUGGGAAAGGAAUUGCCAUCGCCAGAGGAUGCGGGGUUGCUUUUUGGAAUUUACUUUCAGGAUAUUCAUAUCGAUCACCCGUUUCUGCAUCCUGCUUCGCUGGUUAAUGCCUACCAGGCACUGUAUAGAUGCACCCAGCAUGGGUUCAAUGGAAGAGUUGAUCGGCAUGGAUGGAUUCAUGGCACUCGUCCCUUUCCGUAUAAUGGCAAGUUCGACCUCAUAGCAGGAACAGAGACGACUCCUAUAUCCAUCUUCACGGCAGUGUUUCAUGUCUUUCUCGCUUUGUCACUAGCAGCAACUAUACUGACAAGAAAGAAAAACUACGAUCAUUCCCCGUCUCGACUGUAUCGAAUGGCCAUGUCAGCGGCAUCGGAUUGUUUCUCGAGUGUGUCCGUCCCAGCUCUGCAGGGAAUAUUGCUGCUGGCUGUUCAGUCUACCAUCGGACCGGCUGGUCUUAAUAUCUGGACUCUCAUACACAUUGCCAUGUCGCAUUGUAUUGAUCUAGGUCUUCAUCGCGAACCUAGUGACCCAUCAGACCUCUCCCCGACUUCUCUUGCUAUCCGCCGAUACAUCUUCUACACCGUCUACUCAUUAGACCGAUCCAUCGCAACAAUCCAAGGCCGUCCAUUAGGAAUCCGCGAUGAAACAUUUGAUGUCCGAAUGCCAACGUUAGACGACAUCAUCAACGACCCGUUAAUCGUCACCGAGAACGAGCUCGAAAUUCGCGCACCACUGCAGAAACAUCUAGCCUUGUCUAUCUGUCGCUUCCAACUCGACCAGUACAUUUCUGAAAUCAAACUCCUAUUCUACCACCUGCCCACACGAGGCCGUCCCUUUGUCUGGCCUACAGAUCUAGCCAGCAUCCAAGAGCGGAUUAAAUCAGACCUCGACCAGUGGCUAGCUGAUACGUCGAGGAUCAUCCCCGCCCCGGAAAUAGACGAAGAGUCUGUGCUUUCGCACUGCGAGAAACUAAAACUCGAACUAGCAUACCACGCAGCUAUUGCUUUGCUCUUCCAACCAUCACAAGUCUUCCGAUCACCCACUCAGCACGCUCUAUCACUAUGCUACCACAGCUCCAGCCAGCGACUGCGUAUAUACAGCUACCUCGACACUGGGGAAAUGCUCUACUACAGCUGGCGCAAUAUCCACGGCAUAUUUUCAUCCGGCGCCACGAUCGUAUAUUGCUUCUGGGCAUCUCGCGAGCUCCAAACCAGCGUCCCUUUUGCGGAGGCAUUGCGCGAUUUACGAACCUGUUCUAAUCUGCUGAGUAUAGGGGGUCAGUGGUGGCCUUCUGUACGGAGUGGAAAGGAUAGUUUUGAUAAGAUUGUAGACCUUACUAUUAAACAACUCAGUCAGCGACAGGUUCUGUCUACGUCUUCUUCACCUCCCCCGCGGAGACGCGCUUUGGGGACGUCUCAUCCGAACGACCAGUCCGUACUGACUAGGGCUGAGAAUGAGGAUAUAGUUGUGGGUGAAGAGGGGAUAGAUCUUUCAUUCCAAGCAGGAUGGCCUCAAUCAUCAUUCGUCGGCGACUUUAAUCCCUCCAUCGUCCCUUAUGAUACCUUUUACUCUGACGGAUCCGAAGUCCCGGCAAUCGAUUCCGCCAUGCAGAGCUUUCUGGCUGAAUAUUUGCAUGGAGACUGGGGAUGGGAUCCGUUUUCGGGGUCUGUAUGA